GAGGGCGGCGGAACAAGCUGGAGUCACCAGCAUACUGACCUACACAGGGGACACAAAUUAUUUAUUCAUAUCAAUGUUGAACAAUAAACGUCAUGAUGCUGAGCGGCAAAGAGGAAACACUUGGCCACCACAGUGCACUGAAAGGAAAAUAUAUUAUUUCACCUGCCCGGUGUGUGUUUUGUCUGUGCAUAUAGUAUGCGACUCCAUUUGACAAGAGCCAGCAGAGCCUUUACCUAUGGCCAACCUAGAGAGAAACAACAAAAUCUUGCUUGAUUUGAUGAGACAGCCUUGGAACAAUACGUGUGCUGACUGUGGUGCUCCUGAGCCUGAUUGGGCUUCCUACACGCUGUGUGUGUUUUUGUGUGUCAACUGCUCUGGAAUGCAUCGGAACUUGCCUUCUAUCAGCAAAGUCAAGUCCAUACGUCUCGACCAUUGGCAGGACUCUCUUGUGGAGGCCAUGAGUCAGCGGGGAAACUUGGCAGCCAAAGCCACCUACGAGAAGUGUGUUCCUGCGUUCAUCUACCGGCCGGAGCAGAGAGACUGUGUGGUUCUUAAAGAUCAGUGGAUUCGUGCCAAGUAUGAAAGGAGAGAGUUCAUUGGAGAGAAAGGCUACUUUCAACAGUCGUAUGGUGCAGACACCAUUGAGGCAACGCUGUGGAAGAAGGGCAAAAACAACAGGCACUUUUUAAAAAGGAUCUUCCUGCUGUCCCACAAAGACUUCACUCUCAGAUACUUCACAAAACAGAAUUCCAGAGUUCCCAAAACUGUGAUCAGCAUGAAGGAGCUGAAUGCGGUUUUCCAGCCCGAGAAGAUCGGACACGCUCACGGCCUGCAAAUCUCCUACUUGCAGGAGGUACGGACCAGGAAUAUCUUUGUUUACCACGAGAAUGGACAGGUCAUUGUUUCCUUUUUCAAUGCUAUUCGAGCAACACGCUUGGCUUACCUCCAGAAGAAGCAUCCCACGCUACGACAAAGUGAGUUAGUACCUCAGUUAACAAGACACUGCCUUAAGGAGGGAUACAUGGAGAAAACUGGCCCGACGCAGUGGGAGCCAUUCAAAAAGAGAUGGUUCACUCUAUGUGCAUUGAACAGGAAGCUUCUCUAUUAUAAAUCCCCACUGGAUGCUACAGAGCUCGGGGCCGUCUUCAUCGGCACAGAAAGUCACGGUUACUUGGUGUUGGAGGGCAGCAGGCGCCACUCCAGAGGGGGCCGCUGGCACUGUGCCAUCACUCUACACUCGCCAGAGAGGGAGUUUGUGUUCAUGUGCGAGCAGGAACUGGAACAGCAGGAGUGGCUGGAGGCCUUCGGGAAGGUCAUCGGUCAGCCAAUGACGCCAGAAGACUAUGCAAAUGAAGCCAACAUGAGAAGGUGCAAAUGACCUGAAAAAGUUCUGACACCAAUGCACACGAUCAUUUUUAUACUAUGGACAAAUGUAUUGGGAGAUAUCUGGCUCAUAAAAGCCUCACUACUAAGUUGGAUGCAUGAAUAUCUAGGUAAGAUGAGGGAGGUGUUAUUAUUUCAGGGUUGCGUGGGUCUGACUAAUGGUUUGCAUGGACUCUUCCCACAAUGUAAAUAGUUGUACAUGUGUGAUUUUGGUAAUGUGUUAGGGUUGUACUGCAGCAUUGGUGAAAGGUUUGUUAAAAGUACUGACACCCGUGUCAUUUAAAUGUUGUGUUGAUGGCUCCAAUAAAGAACAUUUGAGUAUUA